CACCGAUUUCCACCAAACAUAGACAUUAAUACUCUUAGCUACUUCAAAAAACACAAUUUCUAGAGCGAGAAACUAAGUGAAUCAACAAUGGCACCAGCUGGUAGUACCACUACUGCUACUGCUACUGCUACUGUAAGUUUAAUCUUCUUCGUACUAAGUUUAUCAGCCAUUACUAAUGUCAGAUCAUGCACAGUUGGAGACAGGAAUGCUCUGUUAGCAUUCAAAUCUGCCCUAACUGAAUCACAAUUCGGUAUAUUCAAAACAUGGAGAGGAACAGAUUGCUGUAAGUCUUGGUAUGGUGUUCAUUGUAAUCCAUCCUCUAAAAGAGUCACAGAAAUCAGUUUGAGAGGUGAGUCGCCUGAAAGUUCUGUUCCAACUCUAGAAAAAAUGGGAAGAUCUGGUUAUAUGACCGGUGUUAUUACACCAGCAAUCUGUAAACUAGAUCGUCUUUCUACAAUUAUUAUCGCUGAUUGGAAAGGAAUUUCUGGUAAUAUUCCCAAAUGUAUUACCACUCUUUCUUUUCUUCGUGUUCUUGAUUUGGUUGGAAAUCAAUUCUCUGGUCCAAUCCCGUAUAAUAUUGGGAGACUUCACAGGCUUACUGUUUUAAAUUUCGCUGAUAAUCAAAUUAACGGUGUAAUUCCUUCUUCAACCGUUCAAAUGUCUUCUCUAAUGCAUCUUGAUCUACGAAGCAACAAGAUUACCGGCGAGAUUCCAACUGAAUUCGGCAACUUAAAAAUGCUAAGCAGAGCAUUGUUGAGUAAAAACUUGAUUUCUGGUUCUAUUCCAAGUUCUAUUUCAAAAAUUUACAGGUUAGCUGAUUUGGAUUUAUCGGUGAACCAGUUAUCAGGAUCCAUUCCUGAAUCAUUUGGAAGAAUGCCGGUUCUUUCGACGUUGAAUCUGGACAUGAAUAAGCUUUCCGGCGAGAUACCAACCACUUUAUUAAGUGGUUCAGGAAUAAGUAUAUUGAAUUUAAGCAGAAAUGCAUUGGAAGGUAAAAUCCCAGAUGUUUUUGGAGAAAGAUCUUAUUUCACAGCACUGGAUUUAUCUUAUAAUAAUUUGAAAGGACCGAUUCCAAAAUCUGUAACUUCGGCUUCGUAUAUUGGGCAUUUGGAUCUGAGCCAUAAUCAUCUCUGUGGUCCGAUUCCAAAUGGUGCACCAUUUAAUCAUCUUGAAGCUUCUUCCUUCAUGAACAAUGAUUGUCUUUGUGGUUCUCCCCUUAAGAGAUGCACUUGAUUAACUUUUAACUUUUUGAUAUCAGUUACAGUUAUGAACCUACUUUUAAUAUCGUAGUUGAGUUUGUAACAGAGAUUUACAUAGGAAGAGAUUGUAGUACUCACUAGUUUCUUUCUAUAGUGCGUUAAUCAUGUGUCUAGUGGGGGUCGAUAUAAUCAUGGUCCACCGUAUGCUUCUACUCCCGAUAGUAACCGUCCUCAGAAUGAAGAAAACUGGCAAGCGGCUCAUACCAGAAACCAUCAUCCCGUGCAUGAGUAUCCCCACCUCCUGGUGCAACCCCAGUAGUUGGUGUCCCACCAUUGUAUCAUCCUGGUAACGUGGCACAAACAUAUGUGGCAGGUGGACGCCAUGUAAACCAAAGAGGAGGUGCAUACAGUGGCUAUGGGAGCCAGCACUCAAGUGCAGGUGCUAAUUACCAUCAUCACAAUAACAGAGGGGGCAGGUGGGGGAAUCCUGCGGGAAAUCAAAGAGGUGGAGGUUAUGCAAUGCUUUUCGCUUUUUUUUUUUUAAUUUACUUGGGUGUUUGUCUUUUUUUUUUUUCUUUAAUCUGUAGGAUCUAAAUAUGCUUAAUUAUUACCGUUUAUAU